AUGUAUACAGUCUAUAAUGACCCCUACCUGGGGGACACCAACUAUGUUGGCAAAAUCUUCUGCCUGGACUGUAGCCCUGAGCAUGUCACAGGGAAACAAGAUGAAGCUCUGUGCUCUCACACAAACUGCAUCGCGGUAACUGCCUUGAUAUAUGCCUGGGCUGAUUACCUGCACAAGAACAAGCUCUUGUCAUCCUUCAACGAGGAUGUCUUUACAGGAGUCUUGGGUGGACCCACUCUGCUUGAUGUUUCUCAGUCCAGUGUCCACUCCCUCCCAAGCAAGGGGCUGGACCAACUGAAGGAACUAAUGGCAAAGAAUACAUGGACAUUGAAGAGGUUGCCUCCUCUGAAGACUUUCCUUCACCUCACCAGAGCUGACCUCACGUACCCGAGUCACUGCUGCGCUUUUAAGAACUGGAAGAAGAACAAAGGGCUUUUAGAGUCAAUAAUGUGCAACCAUAGCACAAGUCAUGGUUUCCGGCAGAGAAGAUCCUUCAGUUUACACAGUGAGCUCUUACACCGUGAUUACGCUGAGGAUAACAACGCAGCUCACUCCUCUAACCAGGCUUCCAAGCUCCGCGAUUUCCAUAGUAACUCUCACUAUUACGUGUUCUUCGAGGAACAAGGAGAUGGAGAUGUUGGGUUUGGCCAAGAGCUGAAGAACCCUCAAGAGGACCACGUGCAAGCUUUUGACAAUCAUUAUGACUACAUGGUGUGCGGAGGCAAUGAGGAGAUUGCCUGCAAGCCUGAGCCGGAUGAAUUUAACCCUUGCGAGGACAUCAUGGGCUACGACUCUUUGAGAAUCAUAGUGUGGUUCGUUAACCUGUUGGCCAUUCUUGGCAACACCUUUGUGCUCUUGAUUCUGCUGACGAGUCACUACAAGCUCACAGUCCCUCGUUUUCUGAUGUGCAAUCUGGCUGUGGCUGAUUUCUGCAUGGGCGUUUACUUGCUGCUGAUCGCCUCCGUAGACCUCUACACCAGGAGUGAGUAUUACAAUCACGCCAUCGACUGGCAGACAGGGCCAGGGUGUAAAACCGCUGGAUUCUUCACGGUCUUUGCCAGUGAGUUCUCAGUCUAUACGCUGACGGUGAUCACACUGGAGCGCUGGUACGCCAUCAACUUCGCUAUGCGUUUGGACAGGAAGAUGCGGCUAAGGCAUGCCACCAUGGUCAUGGUGGGCGGCUGGGUAAUCUGCAUCACCUUAGCACUUCUGCCCAUUUUAGGAGUCAGCAGCUACAUUAAGGUUAGCAUCUGCCUGCCAAUGGACACAGAGUCCCAGUUAGCUCAGGGCUACCUCGUCUUGGUACUGUUGGUCAACAUCUUGGCAUUUGUCAUCAUCUGCGCCUGCUAUGUCAAGAUUUACAUCACGGUAAAGAACCCGCAUUAUAAGUCUGGCAGCAAAGACACAAAAAUGGCCAAACGCAUGGCAAUCCUCAUCUUCACCGACUUCACCUGCAUGGCCCCCAUUUCUUUCUAUGCGUUGUCCGCCAUCUUGAACAAGCCGCUGAUCACCGUGACCAACUCCAAGAUUCUGCUGGUCCUCUUCUACCCACUCAAUUCCUGCGCCAACCCUUUCCUCUAUGUCAUCUUCACCAAGGCUUUCCGCCGAGACAUCUUCGUCUUGCUGAGCAAGGUGGGCCUCUGCCAGUACCGGGCCCAGCUCUAUCGGGGGCAGGCCCUCCCUGGCAAGAAUGCCAGCACUCUUGCCAGGAACCAGGGCAAUACAGGGGCACCCGUCAACCUUGCCAACGCCAGCCCUCACCAACACCCCAGUAACCGCGGACAGUUGAAGUCUGCUACAAGAGAGUGUAUUGUGAGUGAACUGUAA